CCAAACACCUCCCCCAACCCUUUUUCAAAACCCUCGUAAUCUCUCCCCCGUCGCGCUCUCUCUCAAUCUCCCUCGAUAUCUCUCUCCCCCCCAAUCUCCAUCGAUUUCUCUCUCUACCUCUCCCCCUCAAUCUCCCUCAAUAUCUCUCUCUCCCUCUCCAGUCUCCCCCUCUUUCUCUCCCUCCCUCCCUCCCUCCGUCUCUAAUAUACAAACAUCUGAGAUCGUCAAUUGAACAACAUAAGUACUGCUUUCAGACUCUUCUUAUCCAGGGGAUGGCGCCACGUAAUUCAGGACGUGCGGCUGAGUUGUCGGGCUUGAGGAUGGAGAACAGGAAGAGGAAGUACUCACCCACUGUGUGGGACAGAGAUACUAAUGUGUGUAAAUUGUCUAGUAAUACUGGGAUUUCUUCACGCAAUUUGUUGACUAACACCUUUCUUUCCACAAGUAGUUUUCGUGUUUCUACAGGUUUUCGUGAAUCAGGGCCACCGGCUAAGUCUGUUGUGGAUGUUGUCUCAGGCGGUUGUGUUGAGGAUGGAGUGUUGGGACAGUAUGGAGGGCGUAAGAAGUCGGAGCAUGAGGGUUGUGCGGAAGUGCACAGCGUUAGGUCUGGUCGAUGGGUUGAUGAUGUGGAGGAUGGUGAGAUUUCUGAUUCCCCUGCUCACAAGGGGAUGAAGCAUAUUACUGCUGAGAUGGGGGUAAGUAGGGAGUUAACUAGCCCUCUGUUUGUUGAACAUGAAAGAGAAGGUUCUGAAGGCAAGUCAUCUGGGUUGUCCGACAAAAGAAGUGAUCAUAGUACUUUAACUGAUGAAUGUGACAUGGAGAUAGAUGGGCAACAAAAUUAUGGUGAUAGUACUGAAGGGCAUCUGAGUAGUCGUCCUGAAGAUGAACGUGGUUUUUGGGAAACACCCGAAACUGGUGCUCCUCUUCAAAGAAGUGCCAACAUGCUCCAGGCUUGUAGGAAUGUGGAUAACUUUGAAAAAAUAAGAAAGAUAGGGGAAGGCACUUAUGGUGUGGUUUACAAAGCCAGAAAUAAGAUAACUGGGGAAAUUGUAGCGCUGAAGAAAGUCAAGAUAAAUAAUGACAGUGAGGAAGGGUUUCCUCUGACGGCUUUAAGAGAAAUCAACAUUCUUCUUUCUUCUGAUCACCCAUCAAUUAUCGAUCUCAAAGAAGUAGUUGAAGGUUCCACGUCUGACUGCUGUUUCUUGGUAAUGGAAUACAUGGAUCAUGACCUCAAAGCAGUGAUGGAUAGAAAGAAACAGCCAUUUUGUCAAAGUGAAGUUAAGUGCCUUAUGCUCCAACUGCUUCAGGGAGUAAAGUAUCUUCAUGACAAUUGGGUUCUUCACAGAGAUUUGAAGACUUCAAAUUUGCUUCUAAAUAGUCGUGGUGAGCUGAAGAUAUGUGACUUGGGGAUGGCUCGACAAUAUGGGAGCCCAGCUAAACCUUACACUCAACUGGUUGUUACUCUUUGGUACAGAGCACCUGAACUAUUAUUAGGGGCAAAACGAUAUUCAGCUGCAGUUGACAUGUGGUCUGUGGGUUGUAUCAUGGCUGAGCUUUUGUUAAAUCGACCCUUGUUCAAUGGGGAUACCGAAAUCAAUCAGAUUGACAAGAUAUUCAGAAUGCUAGGCACACCUAAUGAGACUAGUUGGCCUGGUUUUUCAGAACUCCCCAAAGCCAAGGUGAGGUUUGUCAAGCAGCCAAAUAAUUUGUUGCACAAAAAAUUUCCAGCUGCAUCUUUUACUGGAACGCCACCCCUUUCUAAUGCUGGUUUUGACUUGCUGAACAGUAUGCUAACGUGUGACCCGGAGAAGAGGAUAACAGCUGAUGCGGCUCUUAACCAUCAGUGGUUUCGUGAAUUCCCUCUUCCCAUGUCCAAGGACUGUAUGCCUACAUUUUAAGUCGGACAUAUGAUUGUAAAAUAUAUUUUUUUUUACUUUUGUUUUGUAAGCGGUUGUGUUGAAACUCUUUUAAGAUGCGUUUCUGUCCCAUUGUAUAUAUUUGUUCCUAAUUGGCACAUUGAAUAUUUUUGCUCUUAAGUAGCAGUCUUAUUUGAUACCAUAUUCUAUUCA